UUUGGACUUUCAUCUUCCCAUAUCUUUGCUCCCCUAUUGUACUCUGUCUAAUAUUACCUUUGUCUUGCCUCUUCCGUCACUGAAGAAGUACAGAAGAAUCAAAAUGUUGCGACCUAUUAGAGGCUUUGUCGGGGCUCGGAUUAUCUUGAUCCUGAUCCAGUGCGUCUUUGUUCUCUCGGCAGUCGAGGUGGCUGCCACGGUACACCACUUCACCUGGGAGGUGGGGUACAUGUUCUGGGCUCCCAACUGCAUAGAGAACCCGGUCAUGGCCAUCAACGGACGGUUCCCGGGCCCGACCAUUCGGGCUAAGGCCGGGGACAUCAUCCAUUUCGACCUCACUAACAAGCUCAGCACGGAGGGAGUUGUCAUUCACUGGCAUGGCAUCAGACAGAUUGGAACUCCAUGGGCGGAUGGGACUGCAUCUAUCUCGCAGUGUGCAAUUAGCCCCGGCGAGACCUUCCCUUACAGAUUCGUAGUUGAUAGGCCUGGAACAUACUUUUAUCAUGGACACUUCGGGAUGCAAAGAUCGGCGGGGUUAUACGGGUCGUUGAUCAUCGAUGUGGCGGACGGGCUGAAGGAACCUUUCCACUACAAUGGAGAGUUAAAUCUACUGCUGAGCGACUGGUGGCACCUGAGUGUCCACAAGCAAGAGCUCGGACUCUCAGCCACACCCAUGCGUUGGAUCAACGAGCCCAAUUCCCUGCUGAUUAACGGGCAAGGGAAGUCAAACUGCUCCAUUGCAGCAGCUACGUGCAACUUUACCGAGUUGCAACAGUGUGCACCGGAGGUUCUCCGUGUCAAGCCCAAGCAGACGUACCGCCUGCGCAUUGCUAGCACCACCGCCCUCGCUUCCCUUAGUGUCGCCGUUGCGAAUCACAAGUUGGUAGUUGUGGAGGCUGAUGGGAACUAUGUCGAGCCAUUUGAAGUCGAUGACUUGUACAUUCACUCGGGUGAGAACUACUCGGUGCUGAUAAAGACCGACCAAGACCCGACCAAGAACUACUGGAUCUCCGCCGGCGUCGUCGGCCGGAAGAACAAGACCUCCCAGGCCCUCACCAUUCUCAACUAUGAAUCCGUCCACGCCGGCAAACUCCCAGACUCUCGGCCACCUGACACCCCCCUGUGGAACGACACGAUCCGCAUGAGGUCCUUCGUCGAGCAACUCCGUGGCCUCAACAACUCCCCCCUCCCGCCGCCGGCCGGGGCCCACCGCCAUAUCGUUCUCCUCAACACACAGAACUUGUACCGCGGCCAAACCAAGUGGGCCCUUAACAAUGUCUCGCUCUCCCUCCCCGCCACUCCUUACCUGGGCUCCAUCCGGUACAGCCUCAUCGACGCCUUCGAUGCAAACGUGCCGCUUGAGAGCUUCCCAAACGACUACGACAUCAUGGCCCCGGCGGCGAACCCCAACUGCACGGUCAGCAGCGGGGUCUACUGGCUGCAGAUAAAUUCCACGGUCGAUGUCAUACUACAGAACGCAAACACAAUGUCAGCGAACACGAGCGAGAUCCACCCGUGGCACCUCCACGGGCACGACUUCUGGGUGCUCGGCUAUGGGGAUGGGAAGUUCGUGGACGGCGUUGGCGACAAGAACUUCAACCUCAAGGACCCGCCACUGAGGAACACGGCGGUGACCUUCCCGUAUGGGUGGACGGCACUGCGGUUCGUGGCGGACAACCCAGGAGUGUGGGCCUUCCACUGCCACAUCAAGCCGCACCUCCACAUGGGCAUGGGAGUCGUGUUCGCCCUGGGAGUCGAGAGGGUCCAGGGGAUACCGGGUCAGGCACUCGCAUGCGGAUUGACUGCCAAGCUGUUCAUGAACACCAAAUUCUGAUGAUAAUCACCGUUGAUGAGGUCGAGAAAUUACGUGCUGGCUACUUAAUUAGUUCGUGUUUCCUUUAGGGGGGCGAAAAUUCUAAUAUACAUGCAUGAAUCUAAACCAGAGUCGAAUGAUGAGAAAAGUAAUUGUAUCCCGUGUUAUAUCCCUCUAAGAGGAGAAUUUAUAUUUUUAAUACCUUAUUUUCUAGUAA